UUCACAUCAACUCAAAAUACAUAAAGCCUCCAUGUUGCACGGGGAAUGUAGGGCCAGUAGAUAUGAACUGUCUGUCUCAAAGUGCUAGCCAACUUUAACGUUCAACAACCUGCAUGCUUUAGGACAAGAACAAUCGUCUGACGGGCUUCCUUGUGUUUUCACCGCUGUUCCAGACACGGCCUCACAUUUUGGGAUAUCGGAGCUUCAAAGCUAACUCGCUAACCCAGGCUACUUGCUAACUUCAGCUAGUUAGCAAGUCAACGUCGGUUGUUUCUGUUUUUGAAUCUUUUUUUCGCUGUUGUUUUUCCUCUCAAAUCACUUGUUUGCUGCGAUGGUAUUUUGCGGAGAGCCAUAAAUGACAGCCUUUCACCGGCUUCCUUUCAUCACCGUGCUAGCUGACUGGCUAACACCGCUGACACAACACUUCGCCCCGGACUGCUGCCUGGCUUUGUGGGCUGGCUGGUCACCCUCUCCUUAAACAGCUAGCUAACAGUAGCUAGCAAGCACGUUAGUACGAGUAACAUUGUGGGGAUUUAAACAGGAAUAACCACCCGCCUAAAUGGACCACAUGUCCAUAAUAACCCAAGUCUCCAACCCAAAGGAGGAGGAAAUAAUAUCCUUCAACCAAGAGAAAGCGUCCCAGUCGAACAGCAGCCUAAAGAAGCAGAGGAGCCGGAGCAUCUUCAGCACAUUCUUCUGCUGUUUCCGCAAUUACAAUGUGGAACCGCCAGCCAACAACACCAACACCAGCUCCCUGCCUCCACCUGUUGAGGAGAACGGAUCUCCUCCAAAGUGUGACCAGGUCGAGGUCAUCCCUGUCCCUAGUCCACCAGCCAAAUACCUCCUACCUGAGAUGAUAAUAUCCGAUUAUGGCAAAAAGUGCGUGGUGAUUGACUUGGAUGAAACACUCGUCCACAGCUCGUUCAAGCCUAUCAGCAACGCUGACUUCAUAGUUCCUGUGGAGAUCGAUGGUACCGUUCAUCAGGUUUAUGUGCUGAAACGACCCCAUGUAGAUGAGUUUCUUCAAAAAAUGGGCGAGCUAUUUGAAUGUGUGCUCUUUACAGCCAGCCUUGCCAAGUAUGCAGACCCUGUGGCAGACCUGCUUGACCAGUGGGGCGUGUUUCGAGCCAGACUCUUCAGAGAAUCCUGUGUUUUUCAUAGAGGAAACUAUGUCAAAGACCUCAGCCGGCUGGGACGAGAGCUCAGCAACGUCAUCAUUGUUGACAAUUCACCCGCCUCCUACAUUUUCCACCCAGAAAACGCUGUCCCGGUCCAAUCCUGGUUUGACGACAUGAAUGACACAGAGCUCCUGGACCUGCUGCCUUUCUUUGAGGGACUCAGCAAAGAGAAAGAAGUUUACGGAGUCCUGCAGAACCUGAGAGGCAGGUAGCAGGACACCUGACAGUCAUCCUCUCUGCCCGCCUCCACCCCUCUCGACAGCCACAUCAUCUCUCAGACUCAGGCAGAUCCUCCCACACGCGCCACUCUUGUCUCUGCCCCAAGAGGACGCCCUGGAGUCUCACUGUGGAAAUCUUCAUGUUAACCCGUCUCUGCUCUUGCCUCCUGGUGACCGUCUGCCUUCUGAGUGCCAUCAGAAUAAAUAAAAGAAACACUAAAUAUCCCAGGAGCACUGUGUUUCACUGUAAAACACACCAGAACGUGUACAGAUCGUCCUACGUUGAUCAGAUUUGGGACAUAAAGCUAAGAGGAUUGAACUCUGGUCUUUAUUUUCAAACCAACAAAGUUUUACUAUUUGGUGAAGUGCUUGUUUUAAAACCAAAAAAAGAGAACGUUUUUUUCCUGAAACUUCUUUUGUGGUACCACACAAAAGCCUGAGAAGAUUUAGUCCUCGUAUUGUUGCUAUGCAGGCAGUUUCUGGUCGGAGGAAGGACUGUGAUUCUCUUUUCUUACCGAAUGAAGUGCCUUGUGUGAAUGUUGUUUAUAUAGGGAGAUAUUUUGUACAUGGCAUAUUUCCAGAGUACUACAGUCUUUACACAAUAUGCUUUAAAGUGGACACAGAAAUAUCUUGAUAAACAAGUUUUACUUUGUUUUUUAACAUCAAACGCUGGGUUAAUGUCUCCAAGUAUUCUCUUCUUUUCCCAGUAUGCUUGUGCCAUUAUAUAGAUGUGACUUUUGUUCUUUCUGAUUUCAUUAUACGUAGGAAUAGUUACUUUGUUUUAGGCAAAGGAGUAUGUUUGCAAUUGUGAACCUUGCACCCAACCCUUUGCGUUUGAUAGUUUUGAUCUGAGCGUUCAGAUAAAAAUGUGCCAUUUAUUUCUCUUAUAUUACCCCCUCCCCUCCCUAAUCUCAUUUUAUUAUUUGCCAAAUAAUUAAAUGACUUUUUAACAGGCUUCAUAUCUUUAACAGGGGUUCUGCUUAAACAUGUUAAACUAUUAGUUGUAAGCAUAGCAUUAUAGGUUUGGUUCUUUUGACAAAUAGCUGUCAAAUACAUUUGUAUGUUUUUAUUGUUAUGAGCUCCUUGUUUGUCUUGUCUUGCUUAUCAUACGGCUACCUUUAAGCUUUUUCUUUCUUCUUUUUGGCACACGCAAGAGGUGCAGCUUCAUCUUGAGGGGAUUAUCUUCCUCCAGAAUUGUACACAGUUGCAAAGAUAUCCCUUUUUAUUGUUUCAAAUGGUCUGGGAUCUCACAGAAAAUGGGUUGAGUGCCAUGUUUGAGUUAUUUUUCAUGAGGGGGUAUAGUUUAGUGUCUGAGUCUGAACGGAGUUAAAAUCACACAGUGAUGGCCGUAGAGUAAAACCAGUGGAGACUGCGUGUGGUGUUUACCUUCCCAGACUCUCUUUAACUGCUCUUCACCUCAGUGCCUACGUCUUGAGAGGAGCCACACAAACCCAAUGCUGCAACAUUAGCUACCAUGGCAAUAACCUUUUUAGGGGGACGAUUCCAUCCCGAGUGUUUGGUUUGGGUGUCCAGAGCAUUUGACACAGCUCGCCAGCAGAGGUUUGGUUGACAGUGAAGGCGGGCCUGGUCAUCACAAUGACUUGAAGUGUUUAUUACUCAAUGUUAAACCCUUCCUUUUAGCAGAAAAGUGGACAUUUCUAAUUUGGUUUCAUUUAGACAGAAAGUUGAUUUAUUGGUGUUUUUUACAACUUGAAUGUUGCUCCUCUAAUUCAGCAACAUCAGCCAAACAACCUUGUAUAGUGAACUACAUUGCCAUAGUUAUAUCAGCUUCUGUUGUGAAAGAAAGUUGAAGAAAAGACGCCUUUCAAUCCUACAGAUGGGUGUCCGCUGCUGGACUAUCUGUGUUUAGCGCCAGCUCAAAGUGGAACAACACUGGAGAGCUGCUAAAGGACUGUGAAGAACCUCAUUGUGGCGUUGAUGCCUGUGGAGGCACAAAACAAUGUUUCUUUAUUGAUUCGAAGGUUGCAUCAACACCCUUUGGCAUUGUCUCAUUAGCAUUUACUGUCUGGAGUUUGGAGAAGUCAUGAGUCAAUCAGUUUGGGGAGCUAACAUUGUAAAACAAUAAAAAUGAAGCAGGUAAAUGCUUCAGCUUUAUUUAGCUCUUAUUUUUUGAUUUAUAGGUCAUGAUGUUUGUAAAGACCUACACCACUUCAUGAUUCCCAACAUGGAGAGGCUGCUGUUCCUUCAGGCGCAUCUAAAUCUUUUUGCAUAAGCGUUUGUGUUGGCGGUGAGUGUCGAGCUCACAGCGAUGGUUUCAGUGCAAUGUCCUUUUAUAAGAAGCGACUCUUCUCAACCUCUGAUGAUUUACCUUUCUCUGAAAAUGUUGUUUGUAUCAUUGUGAUAUUUUUCUACCAACCUACCGUUUGUCAGUAUUUGGUUUAAAAAGUCGCCUAUUAUCCGUUGUGUCCAUCUUUUGUCUCCUUCCUGUAUUCUCCUCUCUCUCUUGCCUUUGGUGAGAAAUCUCAGUCAGGUCUCGUCUUUCCUAUCAGGGGACAUACGUGUUUGUGCGCAGACACGUUAUCUGUGCGUCCUUACAGUGUUUUUUUGUGCAUCACCUCACUCAUAAUCACACAGUCAUCAUUUUAUAUUGAUUUAACACCAAAGUUCUUCAACACUUGAGUUUAAGUCACUGUGCUUUCUUUCUGGUUAUUAUUCACUUUAUUUUUUUAAACACUUUGUUGGUUUACUUUGCGUGUUGGCAGCGUGUUGUCAUCCUCAGCAUCACUUUUUUCUUUCUUUCCAUAAUAAAAGGCUUCAUUGAAACAAA